GGACCAGGAGGAGGUUUUCAGGACCAAAAUCGUGGAAAAGUCAUUAUGGUAACAAAUGCACACAUACAUGUGUUCUGUCAACUCUUCUCCAUACUCUAAACUACUUUUCUGCUUACUGUGUUUGUGUCAUGUUCCAGAGACACUUUUUUGGGGGAGUAAAGGGUGUGCAUGAUUCUCUUUCCAGUUUUAAGAACGCUGUAUUGGUAAAAGUGCUGUGAUUCUUAUCUGUAUAUAUGGGAAGGCAUCUCCACCAAGGCAAGCCACAUAAACUGUUCUCCAAAGAACGCACAGCCAACGCUCCUUUCUUUUUGCAGUACUUUUUUGAAACUUGCCUAAACUUGUUAGUUCUGAACUCCAUUUCGCAGCUAUCUAUGAGGAGUUUUGCAUUGCUACACAUACACAUAUACACAUACUGCUACAGAUAUUAAUCUGGAAUUAUUAUUUUUUUUUAUCAUGGAGCUGCAACUAAUUGAGACAAGCAUCUGAUGGUCAAACCUCUCCUUUAUCUUGUAUGCUUCCUGUGAGGUUACAGUAGCCAAGCGUGGAAGGAAACCGAACAAGAAGCAUGUAGCAAAAGUUAGAAUACUUUCUUCUGGAAAUCCUCAAAUAUCAGCAAAUGAAAGAAGUCUGGGCAUAGGUGUAUACUCUGGCAUGUGAAGAGUUUUUUAUAUUUUCUUAUAUACAUAUUGACAGUGAAGGAAAGUCAAACAUAAAAUUUUUAUCUUAAGAUAUGAAGUGGGAAAAGAGAGUGAUAUAGUUAGGAAUCUGCUCUUUGCCUUGUUGCAAAUAACUUGCUCUGAGAAACAGCUCUAAUUCACCUCCCCACCCCCAAGUACCAUGCACACAAUAAGGAGAGUCUGAGUAGCUUGAAGUGGGAUUUAGUCCCUUAAGUCGCUUUAAUUGUUCUCUUGUGAUUUUUUGAGUCUUUGUUCCUCAACUUAUCUUCUGAUGGGAUGCACUGGGGUCCCUAACUAAGACUGUUGAUUUUUGAGGCAUUUAGAUUGGCUAAACACAAUUAAAGGAAGUGUUUUUCUAUGACAGUGUUUGUAGUGUAUCUAACUUAAUUUAAUCAGUAUGCUUUUUUACAAAACCUGAUAAGCAAUGUCCCUGGACCAGUUGUUUCUCUAGAAGAGACUUCAUCGCUCAUAUAAAUGCAGUCCUGAGUCAACCAGCUGCAGCCCUAUUGCUCACAACCAGACAGUGCACAGUUGGUGAUCAUUGCUAGGUGAUCAUUAAAGUCCUUCACGGGGAGGAUGAAGGUGGGGGAACGAGGGGUGUAUGAUAAUAGUUGAUAUCAUCUCCUUGAACUAAUCCAAUUAUUUUUUCUUUUGAGAAAAUAACUGUUAGUAGAAGGCACGAGCAACAAGUGUUGUUGUUUUAGUGGGGAAAAUUCCUUCUGUCUUUAGGUGUCAUUAUAAAGCUAAAGAGGUGUGCUGAGACUGUGCAGAAACUGUAAGGUUUCUCGUUUCCUGUAGAGCUGAGUUCUUUUUAUCUUUUGAGGUAAAUUCAGAGCAGAGGAGCACAAUGGUCAGAGCCCAGGAAGACAUAACUGAUGACGAAAGGUGAAAAGAUAUGAAUUGUUCAGUAUUGAGAAGAGGGCUGACUAUACACAAAUCUAUAAACAUAUUUUUAAAAAAUUGUGAGGGAAUUGUUCUGUAUGUCUAGCUUGGGUACUGCAAGUAAUAGAUUUAAAUUGCAGUGAGAAAGGAAAUUUGUUAGGUUUGUUAUGAAGGAAAUCUUCCUGUUUUUAAAGAUUCUGAAGCACUGGAGUAGAUUCCCAUCUUUAGUACUGGUAGAUUAUAUAUAACUGGUCCCGACCAAAGUAUUGGGAACUUGCUACUUUGGGACAGUGGUAGACCAGAUGUCCUCUCAAAAUCCUUUGCUGUCCUAUAGUCCCUGAUGUAAGGGAUGACUAAAGGUGAUCUUUAUGUUCAUUCUCCCAGUGAAUUUACCUUUUCCAUGGUUGUCUUGACUGUCUUUCUGUGUGUAGGCCUCUAUUUGCAAGCACUAGUUUUUAAAAACUUACUUCUUCAGUCCCUGAAAAUCCAUUUAAACACACUAUUAACACUUGGAUUUUGCCUUUAUCCAGAUAGAUGCUUCUCUGGCCUUGUUUUUUCUUUCAUGAAAACAGACAAAUGAACAAACAAAAAUGCAGACAAAAAUCCCAAAUACAUCAGUGGUAAAAUUGGGAUGUACUCCCAGUCUGUUGAUCGUGAUUGCUCUUAUUUAGUGAGGUACACUCACACAGCUGUAUAAUCUUUUAUACGAUUAUGUUUAAAUAUAUUUAAACAAGUACACAGACUUCUGGAGGAGGACAUUUUUGAAAUCAGACAGUGCAGUGCUGGCCUAUUGUUUUUUGUAAGACUCGGAUGAGCACAUAACUGGGAAGCCAGUAAUGUUGUUACAUUCUUUAAUGCUUGUUUGUAAAUUGAUUCAACUCAUUGACUAACCGUAAAUUAUUGAGCAGGCAAAAUUUAUGUGCCCUAAGGCCCAUGUAAUUUGUAUGCAACAGAGAAAUCCUUGCUUUCAUAUAUAGUGUUUGCCAGUUACUUGCUAACGUAGCAUGGAAGCAUGUGCUGGGUGCCUUUUUUGGGGUAUCGCUGCUGUAAUCCGUGACGUUGGAUGGAAGCAGGGACAUGGAGCUGGGCCAAAGCAUGGCUAAAGUAGCGGAGUCCUGCCUGACCGUCCAUGUGUCUGGCAUAGAAGGCCGUGCUCUUCAUGCCCAUUUUCUGUUCCCUACCACUUCACUGAUGAUAUGUGGUUGGGUUAAUGUGAUCACAGGUAGCAAAAAAAAGUAAUAAGAAUUGUCUGCAUUUUCACUUCUACUGGUUAUUCCUUUAUCUUUUAUUUACUUUUUUUCUUGUAGUUAAUGAAAUUGUUUUUCUUAUAGUUUAUGAAAAGAUCUUCUGUGCAAAUCUCUGAAUUGAGGGGUGUUUCAUAUUUAAUGAAUAAAUAUGGCCAUAAUUGGCAGCUCUACCAAUUUUGAAGCAGUGUCUUCUCAUACAAAAUGGUGUGUCCUGGGGAAUCCUAUCUUUUCCAGCACAUCUGCAUAAAAUGACUUUUUUUUUUAUCUGCAUGAAAAGACUUGUAAUUACAAGUUGCACUGAAACACCGCCUUGUGUACUGGGGAAUUCAAUGAGUGCAUGAUAGUGGGCUUUCUGUUGUUUUUUUUUUUGUCUUGUGUUUUUUAACUUCAUUACUCUUCUGUUAAGUAGUAAAAAAACCAACAAACAAAAACAAAACAACAAACAACAUAUAUUUCUCCAGGCAGGCCUUCUGAUGUAAAGUUUAAGUAGGACCAGCAAGUGAGAGGAAGGAUGAUGUUCCUUUUCUUUUCCAGAAGGACUUGCAUGAGUGACCAGUUCUGGCUUGCUUGGGGUGUCUGUGGCAGAGCCUUCACACUCUGACUCAUGAUCUCCUGUGUUUUGCAUUGAGAGUCUAAGAAGUUAUCUCCCUGAGCUCUGCCCUAAUCUUCUGCAACAGAUUUGUAUUUUAUCAGGCUGUGGCAGAGGCAUAGGAAGACAGCUGAGAUCAGUGACCUCUUAAAUCAACAGAAAAUAAAUCAUUCAGAGCGUUAAGAACUGAACCAGCUCAUCCUGUUGCCUAUUCCAGUGCCCUUACCAUUGCUCUUGAGAGACUUUCCGUGAGCCUGGUGCCAUUUAUCUAAGUUUGCAUCGUAAAAACUGAGAGCAGCCAGCACGGUGAACCUUAACACCUCUGUUCAGCAGUCAGGUGGGACUCAUAAAUUACAAGCAGGAAUUUAAGUUAUUCCUGCCAUCUUGCCUCUCUUGGCUCUAGUUAAGCUGGAUGGUGGCACUGGUGCCUUGUGACGGCUGCUGUGGGGAUUACUUGGUAGUUUCUGCCCCAAACAAGUCAGGGUUAUGACAUGGGCUGGUCCUCCCAUGAAAUUGCAUGGCAGUGCAGAAAUCCUGUUCAUGUGGGGUGGCUCGGAGUCAUUUAACUUCUCUGGGGAUCCUUGGGCAAGCAGGAUUAGCGUGCAGGCUGAUCAGAGGAAGCUUUCCAGGUUCCCAAGGAGAGAACCUUGAACUCUGUGAGUAGGUGGAAGAGAAUCUUGAACUCUUCAAACAGUGCUGUUUUCAUAAACUCCUUGGCACGAGCUUUUGGUGAAUUCUGAGUGGAUCAUAUGCUAGUCAUAAGAUAUGAGGGAGAGGGUAGUUGGGAUCUAGUAAACUUUUCUGUCUAAGAGUUUGUUUUUCAGUAUUUGUAUUACUGUCACAGAGAAUGGCACUGAAUAUAAUUGGAUCUACUCCAUGAAACCUAGCAGAGAUGUAUGUGAAGCCGCUUAUGUAUUUUGUGUCUAAAGAAAUGUGUGAGGUUGUUGUGUUUGUUAUUUUUUCAAUGUGUUGAUUUACAACUUUUUUUUUUAUGUCUGAGCUACAAAUACCUGACAGUGGUUUUGCCUGUAAAUCCCUUGUGCUGAACCAACUCUUACCUUCCCCCAUGAGCAGCUCCAGACUUCAGGCACCACUGUCAGGGGCUCGUUCUAGGAGCAGAUCUUCCCGAAGGAUAAACUUUCUUGGCUUGUUGGCAUUAAGACUGGCUUCGCCUUGGCUGUUUCCAUCAAAUGUUUCCAUUCACUUAAAGGGCAGUGUCAGCUGCAACAGGAAAUCGAGGCAGCUUCUCAAAUCAUAGGUGAAGAAUGGAAGGAAUGUGACAUCUCUAAAUUUGUUUCAAGGAUAUGAAUAAAAGGAAAACUGUCACACAUUAAGAAUCAAAUGGCUGACGCUGUGUGCUUUAGAGAGAUGAGCCAAGCAUCUUGAGUCUGUCGUUAUUUAGUUCUCCACUAUUUCACUGAGGAAUUUUUCACGUGCUAAACAUAGUGAUCAAAGCCUGAAUGAAACAGAAAAUGAAGCCAGAAGCACUUUCUCCACCCACAGUCCUUUUUUUUUUCCCCUCGUAGUUUCCAGUGAAAGAAACAGUGUGCCUGUGAGUGUGUGGUGCAGUGUGCUGUGAAUUCAGUUAUGGCUGCGUUCCCUUCCACAGGAGGUGGUUGUCUUUGUUUUAGUAUCAGGGCUGGUAACAAAAUUCAACUGAUAGCUCGCGGAACUUUCUCUAAAUAAUUCUGGUAUUGUAUUCUGUGUUUUGUAGGGGGUUUUUUUUUGUUUGUUUCUAAAUUCUGGGCUUGCUCAGACACUGUGUUUUCCUGUGUGCGGAGUUCACGGCUGCAUAGCUGAACUUCUCUCGCGUUCUGAUAACAUCUUGGAUGCAGGCCAGUUCUCAAAUUUUAAGCACAUAGCUGUUUCCCUUAGUUGGACUGUUGCCAAAAUUAGCUCAGUUAGCUGCUUCCACGUUCUUAGGUUGCCAGCUCACCUCCUUGAAGUAGCAGCUUUCCCCAGCCCAGAGGCCUUGAGUACAGAGGCACUGAGCUGGAUGCUGCAGCACGGCUUCUGCUGUCUGCAUGUUCCGUAGCUUCUCUCUCACCUGCUCCCAGCUCUCUCCUCAGCGUCCUGUCACUUUCUGGGGUCUGCUGUCUUCUGCAUUUGACUGUAUCUGCACGUGGCUUUCACUCCUAUUAAGAGUAGAUUUCAAUUCCGAAGCAUCCCAAACCUUUAAGGGAAAAGAUAAGAUGGCUGUGGAUACAACCUUGGCCUGGUCAGGGUUAUUGUUGAAGGCAAGGACUGCACGGUCAUGUAGGGAAGUAAUACAGCUGGGAAGGGUGCCAGGAGAGGAAGCAGGACUUAAUGGAAGGAGGAGAAUGAAGUGAGCCUUGAGACCAAGGCAGGGUUUAUGAAUGAGAGCAUUUAUUCACACGAAAAGCCACCCAUACGAGUAACAAUUGUUGGUGCUGUAGGCUGCUUUAAGCCAUUUAAAAAAAAAUAAAAAAAUAAAAAACAGUGCAGCUGUAAUGUGACUUCUGUUGUUUGUGUGUGUCGUAUUACAGAAUAUUUUGGGAGGUGACUGGGGGCCAAACGGCUGCUACUUAAAGUUAUCAUAAUCCCUGUAAGCCUCAUUGAGCCAAACCAGCAACUGUCAAGUGAGGACGCCCCUUCUAUGGAGAAGACUUUUACUGUGAAAUUCCUCGGACCUUUCGCCAUCUGUCAUUUUAUAUUUUUGACAGAGAUGUUUUUCGAAGGGAUUCCAUCAUAGGAAAGGUAGCUAUUCAGAAAGAAGACCUGCAGAAGUAUCAUAACAGAGACACCUGGUUUCAACUCCAGCACGUUGAUGCCGAUUCAGAAGUACAGGGAAAGGUCCACCUGGAGCUGAGACUGAGUGAAGUCAUAACAGACACCGGCGUCGUCUGCCAUAAGCUCGCAACACGAGUUUUAGAAUGCCAAGGCCUUCCCAUUGUGAAUGGGCAGUGUGAUCCCUAUGCCACGGUUACCUUAGCAGGACCUUCCAGAUCGGAAGCCAAAAAGACUAAAGUUAAAAAGAAGACCAACAAUCCACAUUUUGAUGAAGUGUUUUAUUUUGAGGUUACAAGACCGAGUAGCUACAACAAGAAGUCCCAGUUUGAUAUUGAAGAUGUCGAUGAAGUUGAUAAAAUGGAGAUUAGAGUUGAUCUCUGGAAUGCCAGUAACUUGAAGUUUGGAGAUGAGUUUCUAGGAGAACUGAGACUUCCUUUGAAAUUUCUGCGACAGUCUAGUUCUUAUGAAGCAUGGUAUUUCCUGCAGCCCAGAGAUAAUGGUAACAAGUCACUGAAACCUGAUGACCUUGGUUCCUUAAGGUUAAAUGUGGUUUACACUGAGGACCAUGUUUUUUCCUCAGACUAUUACAGUCCACUUAGAGACCUCCUGCUAAAAUCUGCAGAUGUUGAGCCUGUCUCAGCAUCAGCUGCACACAUUUUGGGUGAAGUUUGCAGAGAAAAACAGGAAGCAGCCAUACCUCUUGUCAGGCUUUUCUUACACUAUGGCAGAAUCGUGCCUUUCAUAAGUGCCAUUGCAAGUGCUGAAGUGAAGAGAACUCAAGAUCCAAACACCAUUUUCAGAGGGAACUCAUUAACUUCCAAGUGCAUCGAUGAGACAAUGAAACUGGCAGGGAUGCAUUAUCUGCAAGUUACACUAAAGCCAAUUAUAGAUGAGAUCUGCCAGGUACACAAACCUUGUGAAAUUGAUCCUGUGAAAUUAAAAGAUGGCGAAAACCUGGAAAAUAACAGGGAAAACCUGAGGCAGUAUGUUGAUCGCAUUUUUACUGUCAUCACAAAAUCUGGUGUAAGCUGUCCUACAGUGAUGUGUGAUAUUUUCUUUUCUCUGAGAGAAUCAGCUGCUAAACGUUUUCAGGGUGACCCAGAUGUGAGGUAUACUGCUGUCAGCAGCUUUAUUUUCUUGAGAUUCUUUGCUCCUGCCAUUCUUUCUCCAAACCUCUUUCAGCUUACACCACACCAUCCAGAUCCACAGACUUCUCGAACUUUGACGCUUAUCUCUAAAACUAUUCAAACACUGGGCAGUCUAUCAAAAUCUAAAUCUGCGAAUUUCAAGGAAUCCUACAUGGCUACUUUUUAUGACUAUUUUAAUGAGCAGAAAUAUGCAGAUGCAGUAAAAAAUUUUCUAGAUUUAAUUUCAUCUUCAGGAAGGAGAGAUCACAAGAGCAUAGAGCAACCUAUAUUGCUUAAAGAAGGGUUCAUGAUCAAGAGAGCACAGGGAAGAAAACGAUUUGGUAUGAAAAACUUCAAGAAGAGAUGGUUUCGCCUGACAAAUCAUGAGUUUACAUAUCAAAAAAGCAAAGGUGAUCACCCUCUGUGUAGCAUUCCAAUUGAAAACAUUCUGGCAGUGGAAAGGCUGGAGGAGGAAUCCUUUAAAAUGAAAAAUAUGUUCCAGGUGAUCCAGCCUGAAAGAAGAGUCUUGUAUAUUCAAGCAAACAACUGUGUGGAGGCCAAGGACUGGAUUGAUAUACUCACCAAAGUUAGCCAAUGCAACAAGAAGCGCCUCACAGUCUACCAUCCCUCUGCCUAUCUUAAUGGCCACUGGCUUUGCUGUAAAGCUACUGCAGAUAAUACUCCUGGCUGCACACCUUGCACAGGAGGCCUACCAGCAAAUAUACAACUGGAUAUAGAUGGAGAUAGAGAAACUGAGCGCAUCUACUCUCUUUUCAACUUAUAUAUGCCAAAAUUGGAGAAGAUGCAAGAGGCCUGCGGCAGCAAAUCUGUGUAUGAUGGACCCGAGGAGGAAGAAUAUUCUACAUUCAUCAUUGAUGACCCUAAAGAGACGUAUAAAACACUAAAGCUGAUUAUUGAAGGUGUUGGAACUUUAGAACAAGAGCAUGCUCAGUAUAAGAGGGAUAAGUUUAAGAAGACAAAAUAUGGAAGCCAAGAACAUCCCAUUGGUGACAAGAGCUUCCAGACGUACAUUAGGCAGCAGUCAGAGAUCUCAGCACAUUCCAUAUGAAGUGUGAAGGAUGUCACAGACAGUGCUGAAGGGUCGAUCGGUGACGCUAAACAGCAAAACAAAGGGAAGCCACACAUGUAGCAAAACGUAUGGAUAAGUGUCAAGCUUACAAACUUUGAGACUUGCUAAACGUAUCGUCUUUUCAAGAAACUGUUAUAAUAGUUGCUAUGCACUUUAUUCAUCUGGUUAUUGACAGAUGAUAAAACUCUGCCUUCUAGGCAGUUGUUGUCUUGUGUAUUUUUAAAUUUGCUUUGGUUUCUUGGAAUCUAGUGAUCAGUUCAAUGAUCAAGGUGUGUGGACUUCAUCUUGACGACUCCCAUGCAGUUCCUUACAUUUCAGAAACCAGGCGUGCUGCCAGUAGGCAGCAUUUUCUAGAGUUGUUGUUUGUAACUGUUUUUGUUCCUGAUUAAUGUAUAUUAUGCCACACCCCUGCGUGCUCUCUUAGGAAAAGCUUAGUAACACUUUGCUUUGAAUGCCUGCAUUUAGUUAAGAAGCAGAGAAAAAAGCUCUUAGUGUAAUAACCUCUUGCGUUGUAGCUUGUAUUAUGAGCAGGCCGAGGUGCAGGCCUUUUGUUUUUACAGCAGCGUAAUUUUUUGCUAAACGUGCACAGUUUUUAAUAGAAAUUCAGAUCUGAAUGGUACUUUUGAUAUUUUUGAGAUACAAAGUCAUUUCUCCAGACACAUUCAGCAGACUUCGGUUUUGAAGAUGAAAUCUCAGUGGCGUAACGGAACUGACUCUCACAGACGUGAGUAAGAAAGAAAUGAACAGAGGUCAAAGCUAUGCGUCUCUUUUUAUGCAGACUGGUAAUGACAGUGUUUGAAAGUCUGCCAGCUGAAAGGCAAAGUAAGCUGGUUUUGAUGACCUUGUACCACCGCAGCAAGGAGGAUGAAUAGAACACGUCUGACAGACGAGACACGCCGAGUCCCAGGCACAAAAGCCUUCAAGAUGACUUUUAUGAGAGAGGAUGUUUAAGCACUGCAGUCUGCGCUAUCCUAAUCCUGCUUGCUUUUCUGGAAAAUAGGUUUCUACUUUUCCAAAACUGUUUUUAAAUACUUUUUUUUAAGAGACCUGCUAAAGGGUAUUUAGUAUAUUAACACAUAUAUGGUAACUUGUUAAUGUUCUGAGUGUAGUACAAAAUGGAAUGAGCUGCGUAUCUCACUAAUACCAACAGAAGUCAUUAAGGAGAGGAAUAAAGAUCUGCUAAAUAUUAGAUAUAUAUUUAUGUAUGCUGUUUAGUUGUACUCGGUAACUUUCCUCUGUAUAAGGGUCUGAUUUACAAAACAUCUAGCUUUGAUGGCACAGAAGCCUGCAUGAUGGACUUUACGCUUCUGUGGGGUAGAAGCUAGUUUUGGUGUUCAGCUGAAUUGGAACAGAAAGCAUUGAACUAUCAGUUUAAUGUGAAGGUGUCUGUAUCUUUGCUUAAAGUGUUACAGAGUAACUCUCAGCUGUGUCCUCCUUGCAUCCCACAUGAGUUAAGAUGGCUGAAUUACUUUGAAUGCCUCUGUUUCUUAGUGAUGCUCUUAGGAAUGAGGUUUUCUUCUUGUUUGAGUAUGUAUUAGACCACCUCCUAGUAGACAGUAGAUGAUCUUUUAUUCAUCUUCAUCCAGCAGACUGGGGAAAGGGAAAUAAUGACACGUUACAGAGAUGCAUUUUGGACUCAAAGCUUUUAGCUGCCAUGAACUGCAAUUUUUAACAUGUAUUUGUAACUUAAUAUUGUUUAUAAAAUACUAAUGACCUGUUAUGUGUGUUCUACUUGCCAAUUAAAAGAAAUGUUUUAUUUCUGAAAA